AUGGACGCCUUCAUGUCAACCUACAUGAAGGACUACGUAUGGCCCAAGCAACCACCAAGAGACACUGGGGGCGGGCCCGGCACGGUGGACCCCGCGUCGCAGCCGUGUCCGCAGUGCGGCUGCAAGGGCAUGACCGGCUUCCCCGGCGUCACGGGCAGCCUCUGCGCGCCGCCCGUGGCCGACACCUCGCUCUACGACCAGCCCUGCCACUACCUGCGCAAGCUGCAGGAGAAGUACCCGUUCCUGUUCCAAGUGCUGGAGCGGCUGCCGCCGGAGGACCUGAUCGCACGCGUGUACCGCGACCGGCUGCGCACCACCUACCAGGCCGACUACUGCCGCGACGGCGACCUGCCUCCGGAGCAGUACGCGGCCGUGGUGGCCGCCGCCCCCGCCGCGGGGGGCGUGGCGCCGCCGGCCGCGCAGGGCGCGUCGCUGCCCGGCGACGAGUGCCGCCCCCGCAUGAAGGCGCCCUCGUGCCUCGCGGCGCGCGCCGCCACCGUCUCCAAGCAGCCGCACACCACGGAGAAGAAGGAGGGUGGCGAGCUGCCGGCUCGCGUCGUGACGGGCAGGACGGAGUACCAGGACGGCGUCAGCGCGACGGGCGCGCGCAUCAUGAACGAGAAGCUGCUCUACCCGGAGGAGAAGCGCGGCAAGAAACACUGA